AUGAAUGCACUUGCUGAAUACUACGAGGGCCAAGAUUUCGUCAUUCUUGGCUUCCCUUGCAACCAGUUCGGUCUGCAAGAGCCCGGAGCCACUGCCGAUGAGCUCCUAAACGGCGUCCGUUACGUCCGUCCGGGUGGCGGCUUCGAGCCCCAGAUGACCAUCUUCCAGAAGACGCAGGUCAACGGGGACAGCGAGGACCCGAUCUACACGUUCUUGAAGAGCGGCUGUGAAUACACAGACACGGACUUCUCUUCGGGUCUGUACUACGAGCCUCUUCGCGUCGGAGAUCUUCACUGGAACUUCGAAAAAUUCCUCAUCAACAGGGAAGGAAAACCCGUCUACAGGUACCACCCGUCCGUCGUCGACCCGGAGGACCUGAAGGCGGACAUCAACGCCCUCCUUAAUGCUUAA